AACAGUUCCAGAAAUAUCAAGUGAAACAUCAAAAAAAAAAAAAGAAACAACAACAACAACAACAAAGAGAAAAGCAGAAGAGCAAUGACUAUAAGUUUUACAAACCUAGCUCUUUUGACCCUCUUGGUGUUAAUAAUUUCAUUGUCUUUCGGCGGCAUAACAGCAACAAAAUCACAGCGGAAUGAAGCAGAGAUGUUCGAGCAAUGGCUUGUGGGGAAUGGGAAGAACUAUAACGGUCUUGGAGAGAAGGAGAGACGGUUCAUGAUCUUCAAAGACAACUUGGAGCUCAUCGAAAAACACAAUUCGGUUCCGAACCGGACUUACGAACUUGGGUUAAACCAGUUUGCAGAUCUGACAGAUGAUGAGUUUCAAGAUAUUUACUUGGGGGGCAAGACAAAAAGGACAAGCCUAUCGUUGCGCUGGGAAUGGGAUACAACUAAUAGAUAUCGGUACGAGGAAGGAGAUAGUUUGCCUGAUGAAGUCGAUUGGAGGGAGAGAGGAGCAGUUGUUGAACGAGUCAAAAAUCAAUAUCAAUUUAGCAACUGUGGAGGUUGUUGGGCGUUUUCUGCGGCAGGAGCAGUGGAAAGUAUAAACCAGAUCACAACCGGUGAGUUGAUAUCUUUGUCGGAACAACAACUCAUCGACUGCGCCACAGACGCCAAUGACCGAUGUGAUGGAGGUGACGCAGCAUACGCUUUUAUGUUCAUUAAGGAAAGAGGUGGUAUAGUAACAGAUGAAGAUUACCCUUAUACUGGCAUAAACAAUGCCACAUGCAAGGCCAUUGAGAUGAUUACCACUCGUAAAGUUACCAUUGAUAGUUAUGAGGGUGUUCCUAUACAUGAUGAGAUGUCUUUGAAGAAAGCAGUUGCUAAUCAACCUAUAGCUGUUGGAAUUGACGCUAGAAACAUGCAUCGCUACACACAUGGUGUGUUUGCAGGACCUUGUGAUACCACGUUGAUAAACCACAAUGUACUAGUCGUGGGGUAUGGAACAAACUCAACAACUGGUCAAGACUACUGGCUUAUACGUAACUCAUUCGGAUCAACUUGGGGAGAAAACGGAUACUUUAAGCUCCUACGUAGUAACAUCCAAAAUUCAAUGGGGAUAUGUGGAAUCACACUAACGCCUGUAUACCCACUCAAGUCGAACUCGUCAUUUAAUUUGUUGUCUCCCAGUGUGUUUAGAUUGGUUUUUUUAUUUGUUUUUCAGUUAAUUGGUUUGGCCUUAUUGGUUUGAUAUAGUUUUCAUCGAAAGCCCACCAAAAGGUUCCUCGAGAUCCCUUCUUUUCCUUUUAUUUCCACUUCCACAAAAUAAUGAAACCUGGUCUCUAAGUUGUUUCGGUUAUGCAAAUAAAGAAUUGGUCUUCUUUCCACUUUCCAUGUUUCGCUAAGGCCAUCUUUAUUGGUGUAACACUUAGUGUGUUCUUAGGCUUAUUUAAAUUGGAAAAAAUAAAAAAGUGGGCUUAGAUCA